GCGGGAGCCGCCGCGCUUGGGACCGGGCCCAUCCCCGCAGCCCCCGGGGCCGCCCGACCGCGGCGCCAGGUGAGGGGCGGUGACAGUUGAGGGCUGAGCCCUCGGCGGCCCCACAAGCUGCAGCUGCCAUGGACGGGCUCUGGGUGCUGCUGGCUGCCGCCCUGCUCCCGCUGCUGCCCUCUGGCAGAGCCACCAGGCCCUUGCCCACUCUGGCCCCACCACUGAGCGUGGUGGUGGCUGGGCAGCGCCGACAGCUGGUGGUCUGCGUGGUGAGCGAGCUGGACCCCGGCUUGGGACACACUGUCUGGAUCUCCGGUGGGAACAGCAGCACCCUGCAGUCCUUCUCCUACGGGGCCUCCCAGGAGGAUGGUGGCACCGUCUGCACCAUCUCUCUUCUCCCUGACAACCUUCUACCUGAGGAGAAUUUCACCUGCCAUGUGGGACCCAACAGGACCUCUCCAUCCCACAGUUCCAGCCCCAUCCGCAUCACAGGCAAUGAGGAGGGGGUAGAGCCGUGUCCCAGCAGCAUAGCUGUGUGCAAGUAUGUGGCAGUGGAGCUGAAAUCUGCUUUUGAGGAGACCGGCAGGACAAAGGAGGUGAUUGAUACCAAGUAUGGCUUCCUGGAUGGGAAAGGCUCUGCCGUCAAGUACACGCAGUCGGACAUCCGGUUAAUUGAGGUGACAGAGAACAUCUGCAAGCGCCUGCUGGAUUACAACCUGCACAAGGAGAGGAGUGGCAGCAACAGAUUCGCUAAGGGCAUGUCGGAGACGUUCGAGACCCUGCACAACCUGGUGCACAAGGGUGUCAAGGUGGUGAUGGACAUCCCCUAUGAGCUGUGGAAUGAGACCUCUGCUGAGGUGGCUGACCUCAAAAAGCAGUGUGAUGUGCUGGUGGAGGAGUAUGAAGACGUGAUCGAGGACUGGUACAGGCACCACCAGACAGAGGACCUCUCCCAGUUUCUCUGUGCUGACCACGUACUAAAAGGGAAGGACACAAGCUGUCUGGCAGAGAAGUGGACUGGCAAGAAAGGUGACUUGGCGAGUGUGGGGGAGAAGAAGAGCAAGAAAAAGAGCAAGAAGAAGAAGAAGGGUGAGAAGGAGGAGAGCGAGGGAGCUGCCAGCCUCCCAGCUUCAGGGGAGAGCCUGGAGGAGAGUGGAAUCCAGGAGGAGGUUCCCCUCACCCACAGCCCAGCUGAUGAGCUCUAGGCACACAGGCCCAGGCCCCUGGGCUCUCACCCUGCCGUGUCCUGCGGCUACCAAAGGAAAAGGGACUUAGGUCGUGGCCUAAGCUCCCUGCGCGAGGACUGGACUGGCUCGGCCAGAUCGGGCGCGAUCCUGCCCCCGGGCUUGUGACACGGAGCCGCCGGCCCCAGCCCUACUGCCAAGGGCUACCCUGGAGCCGGCCUCUCGUCCUGCCUGCGCCCUGCCAAGACUGUAAAUAAAGACGUUUUCCUCUACA